AUGGCCUCUUCAGAUCUGGAACAAGCAUGUGCUUAUAUUAAUGAAAAGAUUAGCAAUAUUAAAAAAUGUCUGUCAUUAAGGAACUGUGGUCAAGAACCCACCUUGAAGACUAUAUUAAAUAAAAUAGGAGAUGAAAUCAUGGUAGUAAAUGAACUUUUAAAUAAACUGGAAUUAGAAAUUCAGUAUCAAGAACAAACUACUAAUACUCUUAAGGAACUCUGUCAGUCUCUUGAAGAAGAUUAUAAAGACGUGAAACAUCUCAAAGAGAACAUUCCUCCCCAUUUGCCUCAAGUAACAGUAACCCAGGACUUUGAUAAUGUAUCAGAUCUUGACCUUGAAGAACCUGUCAAAGGUGAAGAACCUGUCAAAGGUGAGGAACCUGUCAAAGUUGAGGGACCUGGAGCCACAAAGAAGAAGCCCCCUAAAGAGCAAAGAAAUAUUAAAGAAAUGCCAUUUAUAACUUCUGAGGAGUUUAAUGGCAUUCCUGCGUACAUGAAAUCCCGCUUAACCUAUUGUCAAAUUAAUGAUGUUAUUAAAGAAAUCAACAAGGCAGUAAUUAGUAAAUAUAAGAUUCUACAUCAACCAAAAAAGUCCACUAUGAGUUCUGUGGCCAGAAAUCUCUAUCACAGAUUCCUUGAUGAAGAAACAAAGGAUACCAAAGGUCAUUAUUUUAUAGUGGAAGCUGACAUUAAGGAGUUCACGGCUCUGAAAGUUGACAAGAGGUUUCACGUGAUACUGAAUAUCUUACGACACUGCCGCAGGCUGUCAGAGGUUCGAGGGGGAGGACUCACCCGAUACGUUAUAACCUGAGGCCCUCGUGACCUUUUCAACCAGCCAGCAGUAGUGCAU